AUGCUCGGUCGGCAGGAUGUCGCUCAAUGGGGCAGAGCCUCUGAAAUAUGCUCAGCUCAUUGUAAAAGUCUUGAAAUGUUCUGUGAAGACCACCAAGAUGUCUGCUGCAGCGUCUGUGUUGCUGUCAAUCACAGACAGUGUAGUUCUGUCCGUCACAUACCUGAGAUUUCCAAAGGAUUUCAGGAGAAACCAGAGUACAAAAGAUUACCCGAUAUGAUAGCAGAUAUAAUAUCAAAGCUUGACUGCGUGAAGCGUUAUGAACAGGAACACCGAAAAGAGGUUCAAGAUGCCGGAACGAAGAUCCGAGACGAGAUCAGGUCACUUCGGGUGGAAAUAAAUAAGUUGCUGGAUGAUAUCGAGAAAACAACGCUCAACCAAUUGGAGGAUUAUGAAGCCGACAUUGUUACCGAGGUAAAUGAUAAUAUACAAAAGAUUAUACCAGCUCACGAGUCAGUCGCGAAUUUUAAUGAGAUGCUGCUAUCGGAAAAGAGCGAAAAAUCGUCUUUCAUCCUUUAUUAUCAAUGCCAGCGUGAGAAGAAUGUAGCUGAAUGUCUACUUCAAGAAAUAUCAUCAAAACCUGACAAGCUUUUCUCAUUUCAGUCGGAUAUCAAUGAUUUUAGAAAACUAAUUUCUGAGAGGAAAAUGUUCGGAACAUUUGAAAACAGGCGAUGUUUAGGUGUUAAACUUUGUGGAUUACCGAAAGGUGAAUUACUGAUCGUUGACGUUUCCAUUCAGAAGCUCAAGCUUCUGGACACCAAAUAUCAGCUCGUUGCUCAUGAGAAUCUUGGUCCAGCAAGACCUUACAACGUAUGCCAUAUUGCUGAUUACGAGGUGGCCGUUGUAAUAGUUAAUGCCAACAAUGACAAAUCAGAAGUGCAUUUGUACACGGUUACAAGUAGGGCGAUACGGAAAACAAGACGGUUCCCCGUGCAACAUAGGGUCAUCGCUAUUAGCCACUAUCAGGGCAAGCUGUAUGUGGUUUCUUCAAACAAUACGAAAUCGACAAUUAACCUCCACACAAUGAAUGGCGACCUGGUUACGAAAAUAUACGAAGAACCGUGCUGUUUGAGGAGCAUUGCAAUAAGCAAUGAUGGCAACUUUGUAUAUGUUGUAAGAUGGGAAGCUGGUGAUCUUAUCACUUUAGACAGCAACGGGAACAAGAUAUCAACAUUUUGUGAUCCGCAGUUAAAAUCACCGAGCGGUGUGCAUGCUAGUGAGAGUGGUCAUGUGUUUGUAUGUUAUUAUUCUUCCAACACUGUGUUACAGUUGGACAGAGAGCGGAAGCGAAAGCUGGCAGUAGUGGCUAGGAAGGUGGAUGGUGUGGACUCUCCUGUGUCAUUGUGGUUCAGCUUACGUACCUCCUCCCUCAUUGUAGGACAGGAUCGCAGACUAUUGGUUCUGAAACUAGUAUGA